GUCCAAGAAGCCUGCUGCUAUCCAGAGACAAGAGGAAGAAACAAGAUCAGUAGAAUCGAGCCUCCCUCCUUGGAUCCAAGGCUGUUUAAAACAGUUGCUUUUAAAGCAAGAAUAUACAUCCCUAAGUAUCUGAACAUACACCCAUCUGUUUCACAAUCACACACACCCAUCCUGUUUCAGAGGCGCGGUGCAAAUCAGAAAAGGUUUCAGAAAGCCGGAGCAAGAAAAACGGAGGGAAGGAACACCGACUGCCGGAGGAAUAAAAUCAGUCUUCUCAGUGAUGGAUCACAAAUUGGGGCAGGAGGCUUUGCCCCCUAACUUUUUGCGGGCAGCACCUGUGGAGGUUGAGGGAGUCCCAUUUCACAGGGAAACGGCAGAGAACUGGAGUCGCUUGUGGACCUUUGAAGCCCGGCCAGAUGACCUGCUCAUCUCCACUUAUCCAAAAGCAGGGACCACCUGGAUCGAGGAAAUUGUGGACAUGGUCCAACAUGGAGGGGACUCACAGAAGUGUGCUCGGGCCCCAACCCAUGAGCGGAUACCCUUCAUAGAUUUGUUUCUUCCCAAACCCCUGGUUUCAGGUCUGGAAGAUGCCGAGGUGAUGCCUUCUCCACGCACCAUCAAAACUCACCUCCCGGUUCAGCUCUUGCCUCCUUCAUUCUGGGAACAGAAUUGCAAGGUCAUUUAUGUGGCUAGGAAUGCGAAGGACAAUGCCGUAUCCUAUUUUCACUUCCAUCGCAUGAACCAGGGAUUGCCAGACCCAGGAACCUGGGAUCAGUUUCUAGAAGCUUUCCUUGCUGGGAAGGUUCAGUGGGGCUCCUGGUUUGACCACGUCCGUGGCUGGUGGGAAGCCAAAAAACGGCACCCAAUCCUGUACCUCUUUUAUGAAGAUAUGAAGGAGGACCCACCCCGGGAAAUCCAGAAAGUAGCCCAGUUCCUCGGUCUAGAGCUCACUGCGCCGGUUCUAAAACGGAUCACUCAGCACACGGCAUUUGACAACAUGAAGAACAACCCGAUGGCUAAUUACAGCUCUAUACCUUCUGUCAUUAUGGACCACACUGUGUCGCCUUUCAUGAGAAAAGGCACGGUAGGAGACUGGAAAGCGCAUUUCACAGUGGCUCAGAGCGAACGGCUAGAUGAAAUCUGUGCCCAGAAACUGGGGGGCAGCGGCCUCACCUUCCGCACGGAGCUGUAAACCCACCUUUGUAGACCUUGGUGAAACUUACACCCAAAUGUACCUGGACUGUUUAUGUCGCCUGUGCUAAAUAAAAUAAGUCUCAAGGCCAAUUGUGUACUGGUUUUUUUUAAAAAAAAUGUGAUUUCUCAUGGCUGUGCGUUUUCUUUCUUGUUUGUAAAUGAAUUUCGAUUACUGAUGAAAUCAAGUUCUGAUAGUCACUUUCAUUGUUAAAUCCUAUACAAAUGUUGCAUUACUACCAUUUUUGGAAUUCAGUGUACUGGAUAUAAACAUUUUAAAUAAAUAACUCAUUAUGGGACAGAAUCCCAAUCAAUA